ACAUUUUGUAGAGCAAACAAUCUUUUAAAAACUGGUAUACUCCUUCAAUUUUCGCCAGCCCGUCUUCACGCUUAGACACGUUGUCGGAUAGUCCCAAAAUCGAUCUUUUGGGCUGUUUAUACAAUAAGUGUAUUUUCAUACGUUCAGAGCCGAGAUUACGUUAGAUUAGUUUGUAGCUUAUCGUAAUAAGUUUUCGAAAAGGAGAGGGAAAAAAGGGGAUCAUUAGCUGGACAAGCCGUUCAGCGAUUUGUUAGCCAAAAAGUCAAAAGUUCCGUUAACGAGCAAAUUGUGCAUUCCUUACAGCUAAACAAAUCUUGUGAUAGAAGGUCUAGACAUGAUUCUCAGUAAAUGGAGUAAGCAUUUUGUUAAAAGAAACGACUAUAUGAUUGGAUACAGUACAUCUGAUACACAUAAAGCUACUUUUCCUCAUCGCCGUGAUAAGCAUCUUUUGUACUCCUAUUAUCUAAUGAAUAUUAUGAGAGAUAACAACGAAGACGUUCGUCUUAUGACAGCAGAGAGAGACAGGUUACGUCAUAUUGUUUUUAUUCCAUUUUAGCUAAAAAUGAAAAAAAAGUGGAAGGGUCUAGUACAUAUCAUAAACAUUCUUUUUCUGAUUUAAUCAGUACUAUUCGUGAACUAUCCGAUAAUAAUGACAAUGAACAUAAUUAUUACGUUGCUCAAGCGCUUAGUAAAGAACCGCUAUAUAAAGAAUUUCACCUUAUUAAUAUGAACACGUUUUCGAAGUCAACAUUAUCAUCCACAAAAAAAGGACAAAAACUAAAACGUGAUAUACAAUUGAAUACAUUGCUACCGAUCACAACGACCGUUUUAUCAACCACAACAACGAACAUAUUUUCUUCGUAUACAUCGAGACCUCAAUUAGUUCAAUAUGCAAAUACAACAGCAUCUUAUGAUAAAUCAUCAUUUACAAUUAGUGAUGAAACUGCGAAAAGAUGGGCAAAUUUAAUUGCCGUAGAAGAUGAAGGAUUCCUUCCUCUGGACAUUAUGGCAAGACAAAUGUCGCUUGAUGAAAGUGCAAUAGUCGACGGCAGUGGAAUCGUUAACUGCAGUUGUGAGAAUGGAAAUCAAUUAUUUUACAUGCCAGUAUUGUCGAAGAAGUAUUUGUACGAUCAAGAUCAGAAACUUCCAAAUCAACAAAUGUCACCAUGA